AUGACCGAGUCCUGUAUUGUGCGCACCAGCGUGACGGAAAACAAGGCUGUGAAUCGCAGAGGGCCAGAGGAGGAAGUGCGGCAGCUGGUGAAGGCCAGAAGACUUAAAAUGUGCCGGGCAUUUUCUGUGCUCCAGGAGACCCGGGGUGAUGGUGGGGAGCCUGUGGUGACCCAGGCCAAGUGGAACCACCUGGUCAAACUUGUGAAGCUGAAUAUCAGUAAUGCCCACCGGGAACUGCUCUGGAGCGUCUUAGAUAAUCAGAAUAAAGGACACAUAGGAAAGUUAGCUUUUGUCCAUCUGACUGAUCUGCUGAGUAUUCAGGUAAUCUCAGUGAGGUCUCAAAAACAUCCCGUCCAAGUCUGUUUCCCAUCUCUGUACGAUUCCUCAGCCAGCAGGAUCAUCCGCCACAUGGUUCAUCACAGGUACUACUUUAGCAAACAUUUUCUCUCUGGACUACAAGGACAGUUUUUGACAACUAGGCGAAUAACUUUUUUUAUCCACAAGUUUUUUUGUUUCACCUUUUACAGGCAUCAUUUCGCAAUUCUGCGUAUAUUAUGUAAGCAUCUGUCUGCUUGUAUUGUGCGUUUCAGAAUGUUUGUGUAUGUCUAUGACCUGAUAAUCCUUGUGAAUGCUUUGUUUAUUGGGCUGGAUGAGGAGAAUCCUCUGGUGUCAAAUGCUGAGUAGGGUUUUCUAGACCUGUACAUGCUGGAGAUCAUUCUCAAACUCUACGCCACUGAACAUCAAGAGAACAAUGAAAGAACAUCAAAGUUAGCCGGCAACAGCAAACAACAUAAAACAAUCAGCGAUGAACAGUUAGACAGGCUUGAGGGUCGAAAAACACGAAGUAAACACCAAAAAAACAACAGCUUGGUCAGUAAAUGUUUUUAACGAUUGGCUUAAAGCCAAAAAUACUUCUGAGGAAGAGGUGAAGAGAGAGGGGGCAAACACCCAAAAUACCCAGCUGCGAGCUUUCUGUGCCACAGUCAGAAGCGCAGCGGGCACAGAAUAUUCAGUGUCAAGUUUUCUCUCCCUAAGAGCUGGACUGAACCAUUAUAUUUAUAUAUAUAGCAUCAUUGGGCAAACGGAAUUCAAAUCAUCCAACGAUGUAUUCAGGGCCGUCCUCAAAAAGGUUGGGAAAGACGUCAGCUGUCAUCAUCCUCCAAUAUCCACUGCUGAAAUAGAGCGCAUUUGUAACUCUCCAUAUCUUGUCACCAGACACCGCAACCGGGCUGGUUCGCAAUGUCUGGUUUGACAUUCAGCUGAACCUGGCGAGGAGGGGACGAGAAGGAAAUCGAGAGUUAAGAAAACAUUCAUUCGUCAGUAAAACUUUUGCCUGUCUCAUAAUUCAGAAACGAAAAACCACAAAAAGCCCAAUGAUCACAACAAAGAUAAAGUAUGCCCACCUCUUCAGGCACUACUACACCACUGGUAUGAACUAUCUUGGAAACAUGCUUCCAGUCAUCAGUGAGAUAGUUGGGUUAUCAAAAAGAUACACCAACCAUUCCCUGAGAAGCACCGCAGUUCAAAUGUUGUCAGAAGCAGGGCUGGAGAGCAGGCAGAUCAUGUCUGUCACUGGUCACAAGUGCGAAACAAGCUAGAGAAGCUACUGGGCACCUUCAGCAAAAGACAGAAAGCAAUGGAGCAUGAUUCUGUCGGGAAACAAAAGUCCAAAUGCCACCGAAAAUCAAACCAACGAUCCCCAGGAACAAACAAACCCUGCCAACUAGCCGUCCCUUGCAUUUAAUCUGCCAUUUUCCACGUCAAACUUUACACUUAAUUGAAACGUGCAGUUUAAUUUCAAUAAAUAAACCAUUGCCAAAUCAAAUAAAGAAAUAUAUAAAUUAAAUAGAAUGAACAGAAUAAUUAAAUAGAAAUGGGAAUGGAUAAAUAAUGGUAAAAGCCUACUUGUGCACAGUCUUUUACAUUUCAUACCGAUGAAAUAUAAAUAGAAUGAAUAAAUAAAUAAAUAUUGUCAGGCCUACUUGUUCAUGGGCUUUUUUGUUAUUUGUAACUGAAGAUAUUAGAAAAAUACAACAAAUAAAUACUGAUACUUGUUCACAGACUUUCCUGUUUCAUUUAUUAUUGUAGAUAACAGGAAAAUAGGCACACACACAAACACACAGUAGCUUGUUUCUC